AUGAAGACUCCUCCUAAUUCUGAGGAUGAGCUACAAUCUGAUGAGGACUCAGAUGAAUUUCCAAUAUUUAGAAAUGGGGCAAGAUUCGGUGAGCUACAUCUACAAGUGGGUAUGAAAUUCAACACCAAGGCUGUAUGCAAGGUGCAAGAGUGUGCCUGGGUUGUGUAUGCCUCAAGGGACUGUGAUGACUCAUACUGGCAAAUCAAGACUUUCAACGACGAUCAUACUUAUGCGAGGGAGAACACCAACAGGGCUGCUAAUAUGGCUUGGGUUACUAGUAAAUUAGUGAAAAAGGUAAGGAAAUACCCUAAUUUCAAGCAAUGCGAGGCUGCUGUGUACUUCAGGACAAAGUGUGACUUUAUUCUGAAUAGAAAUUCCAUUGCAAGGGCACUGGCAGAUGCAAGGAAUGUAGUAUACGGGGAUGAGAAGGCACAAUAUGCAAAACUAAGGGACUAUGAUGAAACUUUACUGAAGACGAAUCCUGGAUCUACGGUGCAGAUAUGUGUCGAACCUCAACCAAAUGGAGACGUCAUAUUUGAUAAGAUGUACGUUUGUUUGCAUGGUUUCAAGAUGGGAUUCAAGGCAGGUUGUCGCCCUUUGAUUGGACUUGAUGGGACAUUUCUGAAGACACAAUUUGGGGGUCAGAUCUUGGCUGCUGUGGCACAAGAUGCCAAUCAUCACAUUUAUGUGAUUGCAUGGGCUAUAGUUGAAAUAGAGAAUACAGACACUUGGAAAUGGUUCUUGGAGAUGCUUCAUGCUGAUCUUGAAGACUACAAGACUAACGGAUGGUGCUUUAUUUCUGAUAUGCAGAAGGAUUUCAUUGAUAAUCUGAACAAGAUUAAGAGGGUGAAUGAGGAGGCUUGGGCAUAUCUCAACAAAUGGCCUAGAGAGUCAUGGACAAAGUCCCAGUUCAGCCAUAGGCCAAAACUGGACAACAUUUGCAACAACGCCUGUGAGGUUUUCAACGCAAGAAUAAAAGAGGCCAAAAGCAAACCCAUCAUCACAUUACUUGAGGAGGUGAGAAUGUUUGUGAUGAGAACUAUUGCGAAGGAUAAGGUAAAACUGGCAAAUCAUGUUGGCAUACUCCCCCCUGUAAUUCAAAGUUGCCUAGAUAAAAUAAAAAAAGAAUCAAAGAACUGGAUGCCUAUUUGGACCAGUGAUGAAGACUAUGAAAAAUUUGAGGUUCAUGGCCAUUCAACAAACAUGGUGGUGGAUCUUGGAAAAAGACUAUGCACUUGCCAAUUCUGGAUGCUGACCGGCAUUCCAUGUGUUCAUGCCUGUGCUGCCCUUGCAAGGGUAAAUAAGAGGCCGGAAGACUUUUGUCACCAACUGUGUACUAUGGAGGCAUACAACAAGACUUAUACCCAUCACAUUAACUCUCUUCCUGGCCAAUCAUUGUGGGAGAAAUCCAUGUACACUCAACCACAGGCCCCUAACAUUAGGAGGAGGCCUGGAGCUCUGACAAAGAAAAGGAGAAAAGAUGCUGAUGAGGGCAACAGUGGUAUUGUGGGGGUAAAAGGGCAUACUAAGAGAGGGUGCUCAAAGAAGAGACUGGAUGAAGUAGUUGCUGCUGUUGCAGCUACAAAGGCUGCUGCAGAUAAAGCCAAAUCAAAUGAUGCUGCUUCUGCUUCUGAGGCUGGCCCUCAACCUCAUACUACUGCUGCACCAGCUGAUAAACCUUCUGCUGUAGAGAUUGAUAUAUCACAACCAAACUACGAAGGAUCACAGGACAUAGCAGGAUCUGCUGCACCUGCACCAUCAAGGCCACAUAAGUUGCCCACCAAAAGGAGGAGUUCACCACCACCUCAAUCCAUUGGUGUGGAUCCAAUAUAA